CACGCAGCCAGCCACCAAACAAAACAACGGUGACUGCAGCAUCCGCUCUGCUUUCCAUGCCUGCCUACGGUGCGGUAGCUGCACUCACCAGAGGACUCGACGACGACACCGACGCUUGCUCCGACACCCCUUCUUUCGGCACGAUACCGGAUCGAUCUGCCGCAGACCGUUUCCCCCCCGCCCAGCAGCGCUGCCCCCCGCCAGCCAGCAAAGACGGCCGAGCCCGACCGUAUCGCAUCGUUCGAAGCAACAUGUCCCGGACCCCUUCCCUUUCGCUCCUGUCGCUCCUGCGACUGGGCCUGUUCGCCGUGGCGAUCCUUCCCUUUCUGGGCCUCCAGUUCGGCUCCCUCCGCCGCCUCCACGGAAAGGAAGGCGACGAAUCGUCGCCGCCCCUGCGUUUCGGGGAGCCGCAAGCGAGCGGUUUGCGGCCAUCCACCGAAGAACAAAACGACCACCACCAGAGCCUGCUGGACCGCAUCCACGACGAAACGAGGCGAUCGCGGCAGACCCCCCCGACCGGGGGGAAGGGGACCGCCGAUACGGCCGCCCCCCCGGGGGUUCGUUUGUCCCCGUUUGCCACAACCACUACCACAACCUCUGCGACCGACGACUCGGUUCGGGUCCGGACCACCCGGGCCAGGGGGAGCGCGGUGGUUCCGAUGGCCGGCCCCGGUCCCCUCGGAACCGUCCCGGUCCCCGGGCUUCUUCCGCCGUCCAUUGUCUCGACGUCCGCCAUGGUCGGUACCGAUCUUGCGUCGAGCAACGGCGGCGGUAGCAACCAAGUGCGCCGGACCCGGACGUCCGCCAGGGCCGGAAGCAUCCCCAACGAUUCCUGGCACGUGCCGGUCCUGGCCGCCGGCACCGGCGUCGGAACCGGCCCGAAACCCUCCGGUUCCCCCGGGAGAGAUCGGGUCCGGUGGGAGGGAGGGUCCGGCUACCCGGACUCCCGCUCCGGAGAGGGGCGGCCCGGCGGCUACAAGAUCGUUGCCUUUGCCGACUUCAAUUACAAGGAACUUGCGGUGAAGUGGUACCAGCGCCUUUCCGACCUCGGAUACGCGGAACACACGAUCGUGGUCUACGACGAGGCCACGGCGGACUUUCUACAGACGCUCAACGAUCACCACCAGCAGGGCAACCAGAAGAGCCACGGCACCGACCUCGACGGUGCCAAGUCCAACGCCAGCGACGACUCUCGCUAUUACUACCGCUUCGAGAAACACUUCCUUCCCCCCCCACCGGAAAAACUCGCCAGGAUCAAGAAACGCACAAAGCGCCAGCGCAAGGCCCGCGAGCAACUCUUUGCCUGGAGGUGGCACUAUUUGCUCGACCAGCUCAGGGGGGGGACGUCGAUCCUCCUGAUGGACGUGGACGCCCUCGUCAACAGAUACCUAGACAUCGGGGGUGGGGAGCGUGCCAGCGAAGACAACAGCAACGGCAACGGCAACGGCAACGAUACCAGCAGCGGCGACGAGGAGUACCUUUCAACCGGUGAUACCGAUAACGAAACUGAUACAGAAMCUGAUACCGAAACUAAUGCAGUUGAUCGUACCGGUGGUCGGGUCGACGACUUUUGGAGAUACGACGUCCUCCAUGCCUACGAGAGAGAAUUCACGGUCAACGGGGGAAUGAGCUGGCUUCGGGCGACAAAUUCAACUGUUGCCUUUGUCGAGCUGCUCGUCGAAAAAUGCGGAACGAUGUGCGACGACCAAAUCGUCCUGAACGAGCUGCUGGGACUGGACGACGACAACGCCGAAGCGCACAGGGGCACAGGCGGCCUGAGAAUGGAGUGGGGUGCAUCGCACCCCAGCACCGGCCGGUCUGCCGUGACGGGACACUCCGUCAAAAUCUGGGAAAGAGACUUUGUCUUUCGCGGAGUCGUCGCGGCCGACAGCAACGUGAACGGCGAGACAAAGCCGCCAAAGUGCCCUCCCAAGGAAAKAAACUGGAUAUCCAUGCCCCGCAUCGACGAUCACAACGUCGUGGUGAAUUUGCUGGACCAACUCCCACCAAUCCAUACCUCCAAUCGGCUCCGCAAGCCCAAGGUCCGAAAACGAAAACACAGACUCACGCGGGCCUCGUCCCACAUGUACAAGUUGGCUCUGUACGACGUGUGGGAUACCUAUUGCGGCUAUAGUCCUACUGACUCACUGGCCGUAAGUAAAAAACAAUGAGGACGGCCCUAAAACAGAAGAUUCAAUCGAUAAGAGGGACAGAAGCAUCAUAUGCUGUGUAAAUAGCU